AUGACCAGACGAGAAACGGUGGAUUUAAGGCUCUUAGAGUGGCAAAAUACGUGUAAGCACCCAAUCAUAAACCUGACGCCAGAAAAAGUUAAUAAACUGUAUCAAUUAAAAUUGAAAAGUACGAAUAAAAAUACUAGAUCGAAUAAGGUAUUAUCUAUUUCUUUAUCAAACUUACAAAAAAAAAUGGAAAAACUUUUCAUCAAAGAUAAGAAUCAUUUACCCAAGCCCCCUUUCCUGGAACAUAAAGUAUCAAAACUUUACACUUAUAAAGACGGUGGGUAUUUCAUUGACGGAAAGGGUUCGAUAAGGUUGCCAGAUAUCGAAAAUGCCAUUCACAGAUUCUUAUGGAAGAAAUAUGGAAAAGGAUUAGUCUAUUGUUAUGGGUGUGACCCGAGUGGCAAGAAAAGGCAUACUGAAUGGUUCAAUGUGCCUGUACUAGAAUUACCAUCUGUAUUAGGUAUUAUUGAUUCUUUUUGUCACGAAGGAGAAUCCCCCUACGCUGGAUUCACUUAG